CAAUCUACUCGAGUAUAUCUUUCUCUAUCUUUGGCUUUAAAGUUGCAUGGCGUAUUCUUUACCAAAGUUAAGCAAAAAAGUGACACUAAAAAUCAACCAAAUUAACUUUAUCUCAGAUAAAGCAGAUUCCAAUAUCAAACAAGCAUAUAGAAAAACAGAAAUUGAGAAAUGGAAAGUAACAUAUCAGAGCCGUGAAUGAACAUUAUUCAGCCUAAAAGUUAAAGGUAAAGAGAAGGAAAAAAAGGUACCUCUAGUAAAGAAUUUGCACCAAAAACCAAAGAAUACCAAAAAAUGUUUGUUAUUCAAACACUGAGAGAAGUUUAGUGUACUGUAAGAGUAUAUAGCUUUCUAUCUCUCUUCCAGAUCUUAAAUGGGUUCGUAUUGUCAGGUUUUAGUUUUGCUUCUACUCUCUCUACCAUGUAUAUUAUCCCAAGUAACAGAGUUUAUCAGUAUAGAUUGUGGAGGAGGCAGUGAUUACAGUGAUAAAAGAACUGGGUUAGCAUGGAUUUCAGACAGUGGAAUAAUGAGUCAUGGAGAAGUAGUAGAUGUUCAGAACACAAAUGAUGAUUGGGAACCCUACAAAAAGAGGAGGGAUUUCCCAACAGAUGAUAAGAAAUACUGCUAUACAUUAAGCACAAAGGAGAGGAGGAGGUAUCUAGUGAGGGCAACAUUUCUAUAUGGAAGCACAGGGAAUGCAGAUACAUACCCUAGCUUCCAACUAUACUUGGAUGCAACAAAGUGGGCAACAGUUACUGUGUUCGACGGAGCGAGAACAUACGUCAGAGAGAUGAUCAUUAGGGCACCUUCUAGCUCUAUUGAUGUCUGCCUUUGCUGUGCAACUACAGGGUCUCCUUUCAUAUCAACUCUGGAGCUUCGCCCAUUGAAUCUUUCCAUGUAUGCUACGGAUUAUGAGGACAAGUUUUACUUGAAGGUUGCUGCUAGGGUGAACUUUGGAGCUCCUAAUGAAAAACCCAUAAGGUACCCGGAUGACCCAUAUGAUCGAAUAUGGGAAUCAGACCUAAUAAAAAGGCCAAACUUUUUAGUAGGAAUAGCUCCAGGAACGGAAAGAAUCAAUACAACAAAGAACAUAGAAGUGAAUAACAGAGAGUACCCGCCAGUUAAAGUGAUGCAAACGGCAGUGGUUGGUACAGAGGGGAACCUAAGCUACCAGCUAACCCUAGAAGAUUUCCCAGGCAAUGCUAGAGCUUUUGCAUAUUUUGCUGAGAUAGAGAAUCUGAGAUUGAAUGAGACCCGGAAAUUUAAAAUGGAGCACCCGUAUGUACCAGAUUACAGUAACGCAGUCGUGAACAUAGCAGAGAAUGCUAAUGGCACCAACAAGCUUUACGAACCUAGCUACAUGAAUGUGACUCUGGAUUUUGUCCUGUCAUUUUCAUUUGUUAAGACACCAGACUCGACAAAAGGUCCGGUCUUAAAUGCAAUUGAGAUCAGCAAAUAUGUCAAGAUUGGUUCAAAAACUGAUGCUCAAGAUGUGAUUGCCCUUAAUGCCGUUCGUGCCAUGUUGCCCGCUAGCUUGGGGAAACAAGAUGAAGGGGAUCCUUGCAGUCCAACACAUUGGGAAUGGGUAAUCUGUAGCUCAACAGCACCACCCCGUAUUCUUGAAAUACAUUUAUCACAGAGAAAUCUGACAGGGAACAUACCUCCUGAGAUCGAGAAUAUGGAUGCACUAACAGAUUUGUGGUUAGAUGGUAAUUCCCUCACAGGACGCAUCCCUGAUAUAAGUAACCUCAUCAACUUGAAAAUUGUGCAUAUAGAGAACAACGGACUCAGUGGACCUUUACCAUCUUAUCUUGGUAGCUUACCAAGCUUACAAGAACUGUACAUUCAGAACAACUUCUUCAAUGGCAAGAUACCUCCGGCAUUGCUGGGCAAGAAAAUAGUAUUCAACUACGAUGGCAAUCCUAGGCUAACUAAAGGAACACGACUAGGCUCAGUGAAGAUUUUAGGAAUUUCUGUGGCAGCACUUGGAGCACUUGUGGCUGUAAUCCUAGUAAUAGUGCUACUAUUGCGCAAUUUCAGAAGAAAGGCAUCUAGGGAGAAAAUUGACUAUAAAGGUUCCUCCUUGCAUACAAGUACUAAGCCUCCGAAGGGCCAUACCCUCAAACGAGGUACACAUCUAAUGGAAGACGGUGUAGCUUGCUGCAUUAAACUGUCUGAAAUAGAAGAUGCCACUAUGAAAUUCUCAAAGAACAUUGGAAAAGGAAGCUUUGGAGUUGUUUAUUAUGGCAGGAUGAAGGAUGGCAAGGAGAUAGCGGUGAAAACCAUAGGUGACCCAACAAGCCAAGGAACCAAGCAAUUUCUGACUGAGGUUUCCUUGUUAUCAAGAAUUCAUCACAGAAAUUUGGUUCCCCUGAUUGGAUACUGUGAAGAAGCAAACCACAGAAUUCUGGUUUAUGAGUAUAUGCAUAACGGAACCCUCCGAGAUCACAUACAUGAUCCCAUCAAACAGAGGCAGCUAGACUGGCUAACUCGGUUGCGUAUUGCAGAAGAUGCAGCUAAAGGUCUCGAAUACUUGCACACCGGAUGCAGUCCUAGUAUCAUUCACCGGGAUGUAAAAACUAGCAAUAUCCUUCUAGAUAUAAAUAUGAGGGCAAAGGUAGCAGACUUCGGUCUUUCAAGACAAGCCGAAGAAGAUCUCACUCACAUAUCAAGUGUUGCUAAAGGAACAUUAGGCUAUCUAGAUCCAGAGUACUACGCCAAUCAGCAGCUCACUGAAAAAAGUGAUGUUUAUAGUUUUGGUAUUGUUCUCUUGGAACUGAUAUCUGGAAGAAAGCCCAUCACAGAAGAAUACGGGAUGGACUGGAACAUCGUUCAUUGGGCGAGAUCAUUGAUCCGUAAAGGGGAUGUUGGAAGCAUGAUGGAUCCUUUGCUAGUUGACAGUGUAAAACUUGAGUCUGUAUGGCGAGUGGCUGAAGUGGCCAUACAAUGUGUUGAGCAGCACGGAAUCUCACGGCCUAAAAUGCAGGAAAUUAUCUUGGCUAUACAAGAUGCAGUUAUUUUAGAGAAAGGAACUGAAAAUAACCAGAAUUUCUCUUCAGGUAGUGGAAAAACACAAUCUUCAAGAAAAACCUUGCUCACAAGCUUCCUUGAGAUAGAGAGUCCAGAUUUGUCAAAUGCUCGCCUGACCCCAUCUGCAAGGUGAACAUGAAAAUAAUUGGUGUUACCUAUACAAAAUGUAGAUUAUCUAUGUAUUGUACACAUUAUUUUCAUCUAAAGUGAUAAAGUUUGGAACUGGAAAAAUAAGAUAGCUCUAGAUUUCUUUCCAAACUUUUCCAUCCUCUAACUUCCUUCACAAGCCUUCGGGACAUGUCCCUUCCAGUUGCAAUGUAACUUGUGUAUACUUUAGAUUUAGUACAAAUCUUUUUUCCUACAACUGAUUUAAAAAUAAUAAUAAUAAAAAGAACCCAAAGUUCUUACUUCUUA